CUGGCCGCCCAGCUGCCCCGAGUAACCGCUGCUGAGGACCCGACCGGCGCUGCGGACCUCGUCCUCGCUUCUCGCCCACCCCUUGGAGCGCCACAAUCCGGCGAGGAGGCCGCUCCGGGUCCGCUCUGCUAGGGGGACCUGCAACCCGGAAAGGCAUCGUGCCGGAGCCCGGAGCUGGAUCCUGCUCGGACAGGGCCCCCGCGGGCCGGUGCCGCGGGCAUGUCGGAGGCGCGGAAGGGGCCCGACGAGGCGGACGAGAGCCAGUGUGACUCUGGCAUAGAGUCUCUGCGCUCCCUGCGCUCCCUACCCGAGCCCACCCCAGCCCCAGCCUCCGGGCCCUCGGACGGCGGCGGCCCCCAGACCUGGACCCAUCCUCCGGGGACCGCCAAGGAGCCACAGGAGAAGGAAGACACGGAUGGGGAGCGGGCUGAUUCCACGUAUGGCUCGUCUUCCCUCACCGAGCCCCUGUCCUUGCUGGGGGGCCUCGAGACUGAGGAGCCGGCCCCACGCUCGCCGCUCCCUCCCACGGGGGCGCUGAGCCCUCAGCAACUGGAAGCCCUCACUUACAUCUCCGAGGACGGAGACACGCUGGUCCACCUGGCAGUGAUUCACGAGGCCCCAGCAGUGCUGCUCUGUUGUCUGGCUUUGCUGCCCCAGGAGGUCCUGGAUAUUCAGAACAACCUUUACCAGACAGCACUCCAUCUGGCUGUACAUCUGGACCAGCCGGGUGCAGUUCGGGCACUGGUGAUGAAGGGGGCCAGCCGGGUGCUACAGGACCGGCAUGGUGACACAGCCCUACAUGUGGCCUGCCAACGCCAGCACCUGGCCUGUGCCCGCUGUCUGCUGGAGGGGCAGCCAGAGCCAGGCAGAGGACCAUCUCACUCCCUGGACCUUCAACUGCAAAACUGGCAAGGUCUGACCUGUCUCCACAUCGCCACCCUGCAGAGGAACCAGCCACUAAUGGAACUACUGCUUCAGAACGGAGCUGACAUUGACACGCAGGAGGGCACCAGUGGGAAGACAGCACUGCACCUGGCCGUGGAAACCCAGGAGCAGGGCCUGGUACAGUUCCUGAUCCAGUCUGGUGCCCGGGUAGACGCCCGCAUGCUGAACGGGUGCACACCCCUGCACCUGGCGGCUGGCCGGGGCCUCAUGGGCAUCUCAUCCACUCUAUGUCAGGCGGGUGCUGACUCCCUGCUGCGGAACGUGGAAGAUGAGACACCCCAGGACCUGGCUGAGGAAUCCCUUGUUCUUUUGCCCUUUGAUGACCUGAAGAUCUCCGGGAAGCCACUGAUGUGUGCCAACUGAAGCCAGGGCGGGGUCUGGGGCCCUGGCAGCUCCACCUCUUACCAUCUGGAAGCUGGGAUCAUAACUGCUGCAGUUUGGAUCCAGGCAAUGUGCCCUACUGGUGUCCUAGGGACUGCUGAGGCCACAGCCUGGGGCCAGUACAGUCCUGAGCUGAGAGGAGGGAUUGCAAGUGAGAGAGAACCAGUCUGGAAAGAAGAGCUUCCCAGAUGAAUGGAGAUCCUUGGAAGACCCCCAAAGCCCCACAUGCCCUGGGUGAAGCCUGUUUGCCUCUCUUGAAUGUGGCAGGGGUUCUUGUUUCUACCCGUGUUGGGUCAGCCUGAAACUGCCCACCAGUGGGAAAACCAGCGGACUCCCUGACAAGAGACUGAAAUAGGAGCAAGCAGGGCCCUGAUGGGUCCCAUCUUCCUCCCACUGAGGACUCUAAAACACUGUUGUUUAAGGACUUCACACAGAAGCCUCUGAACUAAGCCUUUGGAGAGGGGAAGACUCAGUAACAUGACACUAAAAUGACAGACACUUGAAAAGAUUUUCCCUUCCAGAAUUGUUUUUGCGUGCAUGCACAUCUGUGUGCCUUGGGGAUUUUUAGACAGGGCUGCCCUGUGACCUUGUGGUAGAGGCAGGGAAGGAAAUUGUCCCCUGAGCCCAGUAGGGACUUCGCGGGGGAAGGGGAGUAAAUAGUCCUCAGGUCAGAAACCGUGUCCAGCGCAGACCCUUGGCUCUUUUGCGCAAUGGCGGGAGAGGAGGAGAAAUGAGAAGACACAGGCCCUGGAGGCCUCAUCAUUGCCCUGGAGGCUGCCAUCUGGAGGAGGUGGGCAGAAGGGUAGCCUAGGGAGUCUGGGCACAAGGGAGCUGUGACUUUUUACAUUUUUCCUUCCAUUCCACACCUUUGAGGGCCCGGAUAGGUCAGGCCUAUCCUGGCAUGAAGAACGUGGGGGAAUAAACCAACACAGUCACUGGCCACUUGAGCUUCUA